CUCAGCUUGGUUCUACACGUUGUCAGAUAAGGUUGGAAUCGAGAUGGACAGGGAACAGCGACUGCACUGCCUUGCGAUUCAUAUAUCUCUAAAUGACCAGCUAUCUUCUCCCAAUUUUUGCACUCUAAUAGAUAUUUUGAUCUCAAUACCUACAACUACAUCAUUCAAACAAACACCGUCACCAUGUCCGACGGAGAAAAAACUGCUUUAGCUUCACAGAGCAAUCACCCAGAGUCUCCAACUACAGCUCGACCUCUGGAUUUUGACGAUGAACCCCAAGAAUCCGGUGUGAUACCAAUGCAGACACCUUCAGCGCCCAACCUAUCUUCUACAGGCGGCAACGAAGGUGCCCCGCCAAAACCACCCCGACCACUCAGCCCUAUGCAACAGGCCGAAAUCAAUUUAAAAGAAGCGUUUCCCAGUAUCGAUGCCAGCGUUAUAAAAGCCGUUUUGGUAGCGAGCGAUGGGAAUGUGGAAAGAUCAUUCCAUGCGCUGCUUGGCAUGUCGGACCCUGAUGCGCAAGUGGAACUGCCUCCUAUGAUGCCCCCGCGACCACCCCGGAAGGACUCUCCCACUCAGCGACAGCUCGAGGCCGAUGAAAUGUAUGCGCGCCAGCUUGCGGAGCAUUACAGCGGAACGGGCCAGCGCCAUCGAGGCCCGAACUCUGCGUGGGAUCAUGAGCCCCGUUUGCCAAGACCUCACAGGGAGACCGGAUUAAAGCCCAAUGAGCUCUAUGAUGAUAGAGAACAUAACUUUUUUGAAGAUGAUUUACCGAUAAUUAAAGAAAACAUUCGCAAGGGAUUCUUGGAGACGCAGACAAAGGUUAACACUUGGGUUCAAAGUUUCAAGAAGAAGCUCGAGGGCGAAGAUGAUGAGGAUGAGUAUGGAAAUACCCCGCCUCGUCCAGCGCAAGGGUAUGCUCAAGGAUACGGAGAGCCCCAGACUUAUCGCACGAGGCGGAGCGGCGAGGCCAGACGGAGUGGUGAUCGUGAGCGGUAUGAUGCCGACCCCCAGGUCCUAGGCGAUGAUUUCUCUGCGUUGGAGUUGAGAGACACCGAAGCCCAACCACCACGCUCAUCACGACCCCUCGCAAACCCCGAUCUCUUCAAAUCCAGCUCACCAUCCCCAGACCGACGAAAAGUCUCUUUCCAAGAGGGUCCUCCGGACGAAAUACACGGUGCAUAUGGCCCCCGCGCUGCGUCUGAUAGAAACAGGCAGCCACCGUCCACUGGCGGCAACAACAAGUCCAGCAAAUGGCAACCACUCUCCGCAGUUGAGCCUUCACCCGUGGGAGACAACGACCCAUUCAGCCUAGGCGAUAGCGACGAUGAGAGGGAGCUUAGGAGUAAUAAUAAAGAUCUCAAGCCCGAUGAGGCUGAGAGGGUGAAGGAGGCUACCGCAGAAGCUAUGGCGGGAGAUAUUGGGGGUGAUUCUGCAAAGGCUGGGAGUAACAAUGCUAGCAAGCCCGCCGGCGGAACUUAGGCCAGACAUAGCUUCGGGUUGCUUAUAUUUUUAAUUUUUUUUUGGUCGUCAUACUUCUUCUUGUUUUCUUGCUGUAUACUCCUUUUCCAUCUUGUUUUUUACUCUGCAUAUGUUAUGGUAUGCUGGGUUACACAUUACUUCCACUUCGACUUCUACCUCAAAUUGCCUCCUUGCGCCUUACCUGCGGAGCUCGAGUAGUUAUUUUCCGUUAACAUCUUAGAAGCGACUAUGGUUCCUUGUCUAUUAUUUGGGUCUUAAAUUCACCAAUUUGAUGGGAACGGGGCUGACUAUUUUUGUUUCAAAUUGAUCCUUGCCUGGGCAUUUCAAUUCUUAAUCACUCACCCAACCCCCCCCAAUCUUUCUACCCCUGAAUCCUCUUCAUUUCUCCUCGCAUGGCAACACUUAGUGUCACUCGCUCACAAGCAUAGUCUCUUUACCUAGUAAAUGGCGUGGUCAAUUUAUCUUUAGGCAUGUUUCUUUCUGCUAUGUAUAGUACGGUACAUAACUGCAACAUAAGAAAUCAAGAUCAUAUCCCCCUUUAUCUCCAGAUGAUUUUCGAAAAGUUCCCUGGCUAUCCCAGGCCAUAUUCUAAAAAUGCUAAUUGAAUCCAGGGACCAUGUCAUCAGAAUCCACUUCAGCAAAGAUUAGUUAGUUUCACUCUUCCUUAAAGCAGGUUGAAAGGUUGGUGAGUAUUGGUUUUUUGUAUUCCCCAG